CCCGCGGGCCCUAGCAACCAGAGCAGUGACAGUAGCAACCGCCAGAAUGGCAAAAGCAACAACAAUCAAAGAAGCCUUAGCCAGAUGGGCUCAAUUCACUUUAUUUUUCUUGUAUAAAAUUCUGUGGUGGCCACAGCUGGAUCCCGGGUCCUCUGCACAGAAAUUCUGGUGUGGGUCAUUACGAGAUGGAAGAGAAAACCAGUCAGAAGCCAUCCGAAGCCAAAGAGAUAAAGCUUUAUGCCCAGAUUCCCCCUAUAGAGAAGAUGGAUGCAUCCUUGUCCAUGCUUGCUAAUUGCGAGAAGCUUUCACUGUCUACAAACUGCAUUGAAAAAAUUGCCAACCUGAAUGGCUUAAAAAACUUGAGGAUAUUGUCUUUAGGAAGAAACAACAUAAAGAACUUAAAUGGACUGGAAGCAGUAGGGGACACGUUAGAAGAACUGUGGAUCUCCUACAAUUUUAUUGAGAAGUUGAAAGGGAUCCAUGUAAUGAAGAAAUUGAAGAUCCUCUACAUGUCUAAUAACCUGGUAAAAGACUGGGCUGAAUUUGUGAAGCUGGCAGAACUUCCAUGCCUGGAAGACCUGGUAUUUGUAGGCAAUCCCUUGGAAGAGAAACAGUCUGCUGAGGGGAACUGGAUUGAAGAGGCAACCAAAAGAGUGCCCAAACUGAAAAAGCUGGAUGGUACCCCAGUUAUUAAAGAAGAUGAGGAAGAAGAAAACUAAUACCACGUUUUCCACCUUGUGUUAACUUAUUUAAAUGUCAUAAGAACAAUAGAUAAGUUUUGUAUAAUUGUCCAUUUUAAAGAUUCUGUGUGGGGCAAAAGGUUCUUAAGAUAAAACAAAUCUCUGAUUCCUAUUUUUUUUCUUAACCUAUUCAGUAUUUCUCCCCCAAAGUGGUAACACCAACUUUAUAUAUUGUAGUCCCCUUUUUAGUAACUGUAAAUUUUCAGUUUUUAUGUUCAGUCCCAGUUCUGUACUGAAGGAUCCCAUCUGCUGAAACCUUUAUAGACCAGUCAUUUUUAACAACAACAAAGGAACAAAUGUGGUUCUUUAUUCAAUUUUUUUUUUAGGCCAGGCAUUUAAAUAUGUAUACUUAACUUUUGAAUCUGUAGACCAGCUUUCCUGAAGGUCCAUCUCCUCAUGACACAGAAGCACAAAUGUGUACAUGCCUUUUGUUCAGAAGGCAGCAAGUGACAGGAAGAGUUCCUCUUAGAAAUGCAGCAGCAGCCAUAGAACCAAGACUUCAAAGUCAUAGUGGAAGAGCUAUGGUGAAAAAAGGAAAAAUUAAAAUCCCGGAGGCCUUAUAGCCCACGUUAUGUUUACUUAUUUGUUUUUCCAAAAAUGUGUGCAUUGUCAAUUGGAAUUUAGGUUGUGUGUUCAUGCAUGGCCACUUGAAUCACUGUGCUUAGUCAGUCAGUCAUUCUGUGACCCAGAUCAGUGGUUAAAAUGAUGGUCAUGAUUAUUCCUUUGACCAGUACUGUGGUCGUGUCACUCAUGUGGACCUGAUCUUAGGCACACUUUUUGGUUUACAGUUCCUUAUAUGUUAUGUAAGGAAAUAUAUAUAAGCAUUAGCUUUAUUUGAAUUCCUAGCCUAAAUCUUGGCCAUUCAUACAUGUCAAAUUUGCCCUAAUAACUUUGGUCUUGUAGACUCCUAUGUUGGGAGAAGUGAUUUGUUAUAAGGGUAUGGACUGGAUUUGGCACCUUUCAAUAAAUGAAAUUUAGUAUUUCAAAAUAUAUUUUUAGGAAAGUUCUAAGUUAAACAGCUUUUAAAAUGAAUUAUGUAAAUGGUUGUGGAGAGAAAAGAGAUGUUUCAUUAUGGGAUCCCAAGCAAAUGGCAAAAUUUUUGAGGAUUGUCUCCUCUGUGAAGCAUUGUAGGUGAUGUAACCUCAAAAUUGCAAAGCACUAGUUGGAUGCAGAGCUUAGAGUUUAUCAUAUAAGAAAGAGAAUUCUCUUUGGAAAAUGCAAGAUAUGGUAGUCAGUAACCAGAUGAAGUCCAUAGCAGGCCAUGACCAAAAUCACUGAUAGACUGUAGAAAAGACGUCAGAGGCCCUCUGCCAAAUCGUGCCUAAAGUCCCUCAACCAGAGACUAUUUUCCCAUUUACUUGUUUAAAAUCAGUCAAAGAGAGAAGAGUCGUUUUUUUAAAGUGAUCACAUAAGUAGUCUUGGGUUUCAGAAGUUUUCAGCUAUCGUUUAAAUAGGAAUUAUAUGAUUUCUCAUAGUCUGAUCAAAAGGGACCACUGCUUUGACAAUCAAUUCUAAAUACGAACAAAAAGAAAAAUAAUCCAACACCUUUUUUUAGCUUCUUUUUAUUAUUUUGUUACAAUCUGAUAGGAAAAAAAUCUUUACUCUGACUGGCUUAUAAUUCAAAGUGUAUGGGUAUUUCUUUUGUGCACCACAGGCAGUGAGUUUUCACCUCAGUGAUAUUCAAGGCCCAGAAGCUAAGAGGGAAGAUUAUUUUCUUUAUUUGUAAUAUGAACGUCAUCUAGUAGGCAAGCUUGAAGCCAUAUUGCUAUGUAUGGAUGUAUUUUCUAAAAGUUACUAUGGAAGUGAAUAUAAUAGGGAACGGAUGACUUCAUAUUGAAUGUUUUUGUAAAAUGGCUUACAGUGUUGGUGUUUGGGUUUUUAUUUUUUAAGUCUGCAGUAUAGAAACUAUUUUUUUCAGUUUCUCCUCAUUUUUAAAUGUCUUAAUCACUGGUAGUUCUCAGAGAAAUAUGUAACGUGAUUUUUCUGUGUCUAUUUCACACAAAAUUCACAUUCAGUUCCAUUCGACAAAUAUUUGAUUAACUUCUAUGCAUCUCCUUCAUCGAAUUAAAGCCAGAAUCCAUGCCAUUGGAAAAUGGAAGAUAGAGUGGAGGAAGAAGUUCAGAAUAGUCUCUCAAAUCAUUCCUUAAAUCACCCUUUACUACUGCAAAUUUAUGCUUCUUGGAUUAGGUCUUUGACCUACUUGGAAUGGAUUCUCUGUGCUCCCAGUUUAAAACAUUAUGCUAUUUUAGUGGAUCAUUUAAAUUUCUUCUAUUCUCAUAAUGAUGCUAGAGCUCUGGAAUCAGUCCAAUAUUUUAAUUUUUCCAUAGGAAACUCGAUUUAGUCUACAGAGGAUUCACUUUUUCUAUAUUCCCUAACUCUAAGCUUAUGCCAGUAUUACCUAGUCAGGCCUCGAAAAGUUUUGUGUUCUCUGUUAAUAGGAGUUUGUUCUUUUAAAUCAGUUUCUCAUUCUUGGCACUAUCAACAUUUUGGGGUUAAUAAUGUUGUGUGGGACUGUCCUGUGUAUUAUAGGAUGUUUAGCAGCAUCUCUGACUUAUACUCACUGGAUGUCAGUAGAACCUUUUCCACAGUUGUGACAACCGAAAAUGUCUUCAUACAUUGCCAUCUAUCUCCUGGGGCAGAGAAGUGGGAACAAAUUUAUCCCUAGUUAAGAACCAGUGUUUUAUAUCAACAUUCUUUUUGUCCAAGGUUCAUUUAUUUUCACUUCGUAGCUGUAUGCCACCUGAGUUGUAUGACAGAAAUGAUGUAUUUAAUAAUCAUAGAUGUAAGGAGGUGGUUAUUGGUGUUUUCUACUUCCGUGAUCUCAUUUUAAUAAUUCUCACACAAUUCACCUAACAUUAGAAACUCAGGGCUGGAAAUUUCAACUUUUUUUUUUUUCAGCAGAGUCUCAACUUUUAUUUCUUAGCAUUUUGCUUAUCUGAGAACAAUGAUUAUUAACCUACCUCGCUCUUGCUAACAACAGAGUCCAACUUAAUGAUAGAUUUUGCUUUGUCUCUAAAGUUCAACAUUUUGAGUAUCUUCUAGAAAAUGGAUCAUCAUUCUUUAAGUGUUCAUUCAUUAUCCAGUAAUGCACAAAAUUUUGCAGACUGUAGCCGUCAUUAAAUACAGAAAAAUAUUGUAUACAAUUUGGUAAUCAUAUAUGAAAGUUAACUGGUGUAGACACUAAUUUUGGAUGUGAUUAGAAGAAUGUCUGGUUACUGGAUCCAUUCUACAAGUAGAGGUGGUAUAAGACACUUAAAUGUGGUUCCUGUCUGGAAAGAGAAAUUUUGACUUGAAUAGAUGCUUCUUCUGAUCACUUUUUCCAGUGGUCUGAAGUAGAAUAAGGAGGAAUAAGAAAUGAAUCUUAACUGUUGAUUUAUUCUCAGAAUUGGUGAUGUGUAAGUAGAGUUGAAGGUAGUUAUCUCUGUGACCCAGAAUCUUCUACCUGGGUUUUUCUUAGUCCUAAAUGAAAAGAGUGUAGGGCCUGGGAAGGUUGGAUUUAAUCAUUAACUUAAAAAAAUUAGGGGAAAGUGUCAAAGCAUCAAUCGUGAGUAAUUAAUGUCUCUGACUGUUAGUUCACAAAGACUUUACAUUUGUUAAGUAGUGGUAAAGGGAGGAAACUAACUGCUAAACUGAAAGUUAUCCUUUACCAGAAAUUAAUUCCUUUGGCAUAUAAUUUCUUUAUUUGGGCUGCUUAAUGUGUAUGUAAAUAAUUACAUAUGAAACAAGAUUCAGUAUAGCAGAGUAGGUUCUUUCUGACACAGCUAACUUGACCAUAUUUCUUUAUCUUCACUCUAGCAUGAGGGUUUUGUUUGUUUAUAAAACCAUGAAAUAGGUGCAAUAAAAAAAAUUAUGAGUAUGUUUUUUUAAAAAAAUCACUAAAGUUUAGAAAUCCCACAUCUAUCUCUCUAUUCCUGCCUUUUUAUAAACCAGUGACUACAAAGAAAGAAAACUGAAAGGAAUAACUGGACUGUCUUACCUUUUCCUGACCUAAAAUUUUCACUUGGCAUUUGGAGAAGUCAUAACUGGAUUCUAGUUAAUUUCCCACAUUGGGCAGGUGAGAGGGGAACCAGCUAACCAAAUUAUGAUCUAGUAAAUUUAGCAAGGGGGUGAGGGAGAGUAAACUAUUUUUCAGUAGAUUUGCACUUUAAAAUUAUGAACUGGAUGUUGGUGGAAGGCACUCCCAAAGGGCAGGUGGGCAAAUACCUUGCCUGCAUGUAUUAGAAAAUCAAACCUCAGCCUUGCUUGUUUUGUUUUAGGCCCACCUGAGCAAGAGUUGUGUGUUGACAUAAUCAGAGUCAGGAUUUCCCUACUUUCCCACUUGGUGUCAUCGUCCAUAUCUGCUACAUUGACAGUCAUCCUUGGGGGGAUGUGUUAAGUAUAAUUCUGCUAGUUGUUAUAGAAAUUUUGUGAAUUAUCUUUCCUACAUCAAUUUUAAAAAUUAAUUUAGAUGUUGGCUAAAUUAAGUUGUGGCUAAUGUUAGGAGAGUGGGAAUUUCUUUGCUUCUUUGAUUAGCAGGUUACCUGCCUCUGAGGUGCUGUUGCCUGGAGUGAUCAAUCCCAUUAAAAGACUGGGGAGUCGGUGGCUGUAGAGAAUUAUACAUAUUGCUAGCUACUUCUCCUAGGGUGUCAGUCUGGUUCACAAGCAUCAUUCCAGAAUCUUAGGCUUCUAGAACCAACUCCAUUCUGAAGAACAUUUUAACAUCUAUUAAUACUUUGGUAAUAAUCUUUUAUAUGCAGGAAUUUUGUAGCUUGACUUUAUGACUAAACUUAUUGUGUUAAAUUAUUUAGAAAUGUUGAGUUUCUGAAUGUUAUUUUGUGAGACUUGUUUUAAAAUAGUAAUAAAUUGUGUUAUUUUAUAAAAAA